AUGGAAAGAUUCAACAGUCGAUCUCACCGAUUCUACUCUCCAGACAUCAAUGAAACUGACGAGGAUAACGCCUAUCUACCGUUUUCUGGCAAUCUGCAUAAUCGUAACAUGUCAUUAGGUCAUAUGUCGUUCUUUUCAACAGCUUCCUCGAAUUCAUCCUUAUCCUCAGGCUUAUCAGAUACAAACUCUACUCAGCAUUUAGGCCAGACAGCAGCUAUCGGCAGUGCAACAAAUCGAUUUGGCCUCACUGAUGGCUUAUUGAGUCAUGAUCAUUCAGAGAAUAUUGGCCAAUCUUUGCAUGAUAUCUGUACAAACUCAAGUGCCACCUCUCGGUCUGUCUACAGUCGAUUAAAUGCCUAUAAUGUUGACGGUGAUUACAACGGUGUCGAUGAAAACUUACAAACACUUUCAAGUCAUGACAGCUAUCGAGGCGUAUACAAUGGGAAUUUUAUACAAAAUACUAGAAAUACUUCUACUAUGAGUAGUUUGGUAAACAGUAAUCAUAUGAUGCAUGAAUAUGAUAUGUCACCUUAUUGUUCGCUUGUUUCAUUUCAAAAUAAUAUAGAUGGACAGAACUUUUGUAUUGAUUGCCGGUAUAAUCAUAUACAUCUAGGCGUGCAAACAACGUGUUCUUGUCUGUGUCAUAAUGAGUCUAAAGAAGUCACAAUUACGCCAAUUCUUAAUUACACUUACACAGCAACAUCUACGACUACCACCACUAAUAAUAAUAAUAAUCGUAGUAUGCAUUCAUUAAAUCGACCAUUAUCCUCUGACAACUAUCCAACACCAACAAAACAUUCAUGGAACAGUAGUACACCAUCAUCAUCGUCAUCAACGUUAUUAUCAACCAUAACGCAUCCUGGCCUACCAUCGCUUACCAACCCAUUCACCAGUGAACAAUAUAACCAUAAUUCUGUUAACAACACUAACGCAUUUGGCUACUUUCCUAUCUCUUCUCCAUCGAUUUUAAACAAUAGACUAUCGAAUAAUAAUGAUUCAUCAUCACGUGAUGAUGAUUCACCGUCUCCAUCAACACUAGAUAUGACCGGUGAUAUAAGAACUGUGAAUUUUAUCUCCCACGAUCAACCUCCACUGAGAACAUGACAUUAAAAUAGCGCGUCUGUGUGUGUGUUUCUGUGUGCGUGC